AUGAAGAAUCUUAAACCCCUUGUUCUUCUCUCUCUCUUGCCCCUCGUCGUUGCCAACGUCGAGAAAACCAUUUUCGUCGCCCCACAACCAUCACCCAUCCCCUCAACAGAUUCCACCCUGGACGAUCUGGGCCUCGAGCGACUCUCCCCCUCAUAUCCAACCCUACGAACCUACCUCAAUGCCUCAUUCCCUACCCCAGACUCCCCAGGAACAGACUCAUGGUACUUCCUUGAAAACCUGACGCCAGGCCAACGCUACGAAGUCCGGAUAUGCUAUCUGGCAACUCAACCCACGUCCUUCACCCUGGACACAUUCACGCUCUCCAGCACAAUGGAAGACCCAUCCCUCCUCUCCGCAAUCAGCGUCUACUCCUCAGCCCGCCUCGCAGCCCUCGACUCCUCAACCUCAACCUCAAACCCCCUCGUCCGCAACGGCAAACGGCAACCCCCGCCCUCGUCCAGGGACCCAGCACCAACCUCCGACUCCGUGUUGUUCCUGCGGAUUCGCGCCGCAGCGGAUUACUUCUCGCUUGACAAGGAGCUCAUGGAGAAUGUGCCUCCUGUGCUGGCGGAUGUGAUCCUCGAUCCAUUCCUGUGGAAUGUGUUCCCGCGGUCUCUGGUGCCCACGGCGGGGUACGUGUGUCUUGUGGGGACGGUGGCUGUCUUGCUUGCAAGGUGGGUGAUGGGGGCGUUUGGGGGAAUGAUAGAGCAGGAGGUUGGUGGUAGUACGACCGUUGAUGGAGACGAAAAGAAGAAGCGGUAG